UGCUCUGACGGCACCUUUUCUGUCUGCCUUUCAGAAAGACACUCCUGCGCAAUUAUUGAAGAAGAACAAAAACCUGAAGCGAACAGUUGACUGUAACUUUUCUUUCAUCCCUUCCUAUGUUACUGAUUCUUUCUUAUAGAGCCUACGUGUUGCGUAAUAGAACUUACGUCUCAAUCCUUGUGGUUCUCCCUUGUCUGCAUUCUACAAUUGGCGACCCUGCCAGGAUCAAGAGAUAAUGGCAAAGCCAGGUAAACUGUCUGGAGAUGAAAUUCAGCCGCUGACCUCCGAUCCGGGGCUAAGGAUUGCUUCUGCUUUGGAAUCCUUGUCGGACGCUAUGCGGAAAAUGACAACAAAUCUGACACCCGCCCCUUCCACACCCUCGUUACCCCCUCCAGAAAAGUUUUUCCAGGCAUGCCAUAUCUCCGAUGGGAGAAACAGGUGCAAAUGUACGUCAAGCACUUUCCAGCCCAACAACGGGAUACGGUGAUCAUGGGCCUGCUAGCAGGAGAGGCAUUCGACAAAGUUACGGAUAGUUAAGUGCUAGAGGGAGAAAUCACCACGGAAACCUUCGCUGCCCUUCGCCGCAUCUUAGAUCGGCCUGGCCUGCCCGAUGAACUGCGCAGAGUUUUCCAUGCCCGGUAUCAGAGACAGGGAGAAAACGUGGAAACAUUCGUUCGCGAAUUGCGGAGGAUGGCGGUAAAUGCCUACACAGAUGAAACGCCGAAACAACAGGACGAGCGAGUGUUAGAGCAGUUGCUCGAGGGCAUCCAGACGCCCUCGGUAAAAAGAGAGUUCCGUUUACGACGACCUACGUGUCUUCAGGCAGCCUUAACAGUGGCAGAUCAAUUAGAGCAAGUCGACGAGUCCAUGGGCCCCAUGGAACCAUGCUGCGUGCUGAAUCGAUACAGCCCCGCUAGAUUCCAACCACCAGACCGAAGAAAUUGGAAUCGCGUCCCGUUUCGAGGGGAUUAUUCGCGACCUCCAGUGCAAUCGUACUUCCGAAGACCCCGCCCCCUCCACCAAGAAGAGGAAAUUUCCCGCCAAGCCGUGGCAGGCGAAAUCUUCAAGAAAGACACUCCUGCGCCAUUAUUGAAGAAGGACAGAAACCUGAAGCGAACAGUUGACUGUAACUUUUCUUUCAUCCCUUCCUACGUUACUGAUUCUUUCUUAUAAAGCCUACGUGUUGCGUAAUAGAACUUACGUC